UCCACCAUCUACCCUCCGCCUUCUCCUCCAUCUGUGACUCCCUGAGCCCGUGCACCAGACACUGACGGAUCAGAGAGAGAAGAGCCAACAUCUGCCCAGACGCCAUUAUGUCAACCUCAGGAGGUCUUCCACCAAGCAGUAACCGCAGAUUGAUUCAAACUCAAGCCCAAGUCAAUGAGGUGGUGGACAUCAUGCGUGUAAAUGUGGACAAGGUCCUGGAAAGGGAUCAGAAGCUGUCUGAGCUGGAUAACAGGGCAGAUGCACUCCAGGCUGGGGCCUCGCAGUUUGAGACAAAUGCAGCUAAACUGAAGAGGAAAUACUGGUGGAAGAACUGCAAGAUGUUGAUUGUCAUGGGAGUGGUGUGUGCACUAAUGUUCAUCAUCCUUGUAAUUUACUUUUGCACUUAA